AUGGCCGAUGACAAGUGCAAUGCCAUAAAUCAAUUAAAAAAUUCUGAAUGGCCAACGGUUAUUAAUUCUACGCAUUUGAAUAAAUAUCGACGUGCCAUAUCUUAUGAACCUCAUUUUCCUACCAGACGAAAACGGAUUACAUCUAGUAAUUCAAUAGUAUUUUUACCUUUUGAUGAUGACAUUCUUGAGGAAAAUGAAAACCCAUCUAAUCAACAUUCAUCAUCAGACGAUGUAGCUGCUCCACAAAAUGGUGAAGCAAGAUUAACUUUUGAAGAAGACUCGGCAAAACCAUCAACUAGGAAAAUGCAUUCAAUCAAGGCAUGGUAUCAUCGUACAAUUCCUGACUAUAUAACCUGUCAUCAUGUGUGGCUUAUAAUUCAUGCUUUAGUGACAAUUACUUUGUGUGCAGUCUAUUUUACGCAUAUAAUUCAAAUUUCAGGUAGCACCAUAGCAAUUUGUGAAUUGCUUUUUGGUGUGCUUGUACGAAAUGAAAUCUUUAUAGCUCUACUCCAUCGACUUGUAGCAUUGAUUCCAUGUUUCAAAUAUGAAUUUAAUCGAAUGUUACAUUGUAUUGGUGGUCUUCAUGUUUCAUCAGCAAUCGCUACUUGUGUCUGGUUAUUAAUUUCUCUUAUUUGUGAACGACAUGGCUUAGGUGUACGAAUAAGCGGUGGAAUUAUUUUAUUUUUUAUGAUAUUUAUUUCAAUGACAGCAAUACCAAUAGUUCGUCGUCGUUUUCAUAAUACUUUUGAACUUAUUCAUCAUUAUGUUGGUUUGGCGUGUAUAAUCAUCCUUAUUAUUCAUGUAAUCUUUAUUCAAUUAGACGAAUUUGAUUCUUUCAGUACAAAAGCUCUAUUUAAUGUCCCUGUUUUGAUUGCACUAUUUAUUGUUAUUAUUAUCCUUUUACCAUGGAUAUGUGUUCGUAAAGUGAUCGUACAAUAUGAUCAACCAUCAAAUGAUUUAACUAUUAUUACGUUUCCACGUGCACUUUAUCCAUAUGGUUCAACGACACGUAUAUCAUUAGAUGGACAUGAAUGGCAUGCAUUUGCUAUUGCUCUAACUGAUUCCUACACAGAUCAACAUUCAAUCUUAGUUGCAGCUGUUGGAGAUUGGACAACAGGUUUAGCUGCUGAUUAUCGUUCUAAUAAACUACCACAACACGUAUGGAUUCGACGAAUAAAAGGGCUUGGCUUUAUGUAUAGCAUUCAUGCUUAUCGAAAAGUAUUAAUUGUAUGUACCGGUUCUGGUAUUGCACCAGCAUUACCCUAUAUUAAAAAUCCGUUACCUACAACCCAUACACAUCUCUUAUGGAUCGCUAAAAGACAUGAACAGAAUUAUGGAGAAUAUGUUUGGAAAUUAGUUCAAAAAACACAUCCACAUUAUACUUUACAUGAUACAACAGUUAAUGGACGACCUGGUCCUCAGCUCGUUGAAAAUGUAUUUUAUAGAACAGCUUCAGAAGCUGUAUUUGUUGUAUCAAAUGAAAAAUUUACUAUUGAAGUGGUUAAUGCACUUUGGCGUAAAGAUAUUCCUUGUUUCGGUGCCUUGUUUGACUCUUAA